AUGCCUUCUUCUCCACCAGCGUUCCCCGUCGCCCACGGCGUCGAUGAUGACGAUGUGGUUGAGGAUGACGUUGAGAUCGAGGACGACAUCGAUGAGCUUGACGAGAUGGCUGAAGAUGAGGUCGACCUCUUCCGCGAAGGAUUCGAGCAAGAUUACAGAGAAAGAGACGAGAAUGACACAUACGAAGCCGUCGACAUUGAUGACGAGGGCGAGUUCGGCGAGAUGAGUCUGGCUGAUAGACGCCAGCUCGAAGCCCAGCUCAACCGCCGAGAUCGCGAGGUCGCUCGCCGGCGUAGAAUGCCUGCGGCGUUCCUGCAGGACGAAGAUGAGGAUGGUGACAUUGACUUGACAGCGCAGCCUCGCCGUCACCGCCACCGCAUCUACGACGAGGACCCUGAUGAGGACAUGGACCGUGACAUCAUGGACGAGGAGCUAUCCCUCGAAGCGCUCCAGGAUGUCAAGGCUUCGAGUCUCACAGAAUGGGUCUCUCAGCCUUCCGUUCAGCGCACCAUCAAGCGCGAGUUCAAGGCGUUCCUCACCGAGUACAUCGAUGAGAGCGGCUCCUCAGUCUACGGCAACCGCAUCCGAACUCUUGGUGAGAUCAACGCCGAGACCCUUGAGGUCUCGUACGACCACCUCUCCUCUUCCAAGGCCAUUCUCGCCUAUUUCCUGGCCAAUGCGCCAUCUGAGAUCCUGAAGCUCUUCGACGAUGUCGCCAUGGACGUUGUCCUGCUUCACUACCCCGACUACGAGCGGAUCCACAGCGAGAUUCACGUCCGCAUCUUCGAUCUUCCCGUCCACUACACCCUCCGCCAGCUGAGACAGUCGCACCUCAACUGCCUCGUCCGAGUCAGUGGUGUCGUCACCCGCCGUUCGGGCGUCUUCCCCCAGCUCAAGAUGAUCAAGUUUGACUGCACAAAGUGUGGCGUCACGCUCGGCCCCUUUCAGCAAGAGUCGAAUGCCGAGGUCAGAAUCAACUUCUGUCAGAACUGCCAGUCGCGCGGACCCUUCACCCUCAACUCGGAGAAGACAAUCUACCGCAACUAUCAGAAGCUCACUCUUCAGGAGUCUCCUGGUACCGUUCCUGCCGGUCGUCUUCCACGCCACCGCGAGGUCAUUCUCUUGUGGGAUCUCAUCGACAAGGCCAAACCUGGCGAGGAAAUUGAGGUCACUGGCGUGUACCGCAACAACUACGAUGCCCAGCUCAACAACCGUAAUGGCUUCCCAGUCUUUGCCACCAUCCUCGAGGCCAACAAUGUGGUCAAGUCGCAUGACCAGCUUGCUGGUUUCCGACUAACAGAGGAGGACGAGCAGGAGAUUCGCAAGCUCUCUCGAGACCCUCAGAUCGUGGAGAAGCUUGUCAAUUCCAUUGCCCCUAGCAUCUACGGCCACACAGACAUCAAGACUGCGAUUGCCUUAUCUUUGUUCGGUGGUGUCGCCAAGGUAGCCAAGGGCUCUCACCACGUCAGAGGUGACAUCAACGUCCUUCUCCUGGGUGACCCUGGUACAGCCAAGUCGCAGGCUCUCAAGUAUGUUGAGAAGACUGCCCACAGGGCGGUCUUUGCCACUGGUCAGGGUGCUUCCGCUGUCGGUCUGACGGCUAGUGUCCGUCGCGACCCUCUGACCAGCGAAUGGACACUAGAAGGUGGAGCGCUCGUGCUCGCUGACAAGGGCACCUGCUUGAUCGACGAGUUUGACAAGAUGAACGACCAGGACCGAACAUCCAUUCACGAAGCCAUGGAACAGCAGACCAUUUCCAUUUCCAAGGCUGGUAUUGUGACCACCCUCCAGGCCAGAUGUGGUAUCAUUGCUGCCGCCAACCCUAUCGGUGGGCGUUACAACUCGACCAUCCCUUUCUCCGCCAACGUCGAGUUGACCGAGCCCAUCUUGUCGCGUUUCGAUAUUCUAUGUGUCGUGCGGGACACCGUUGACCCCGAGGAGGAUGAGCGCCUUGCUCGCUUUGUGGUCAACUCGCACAGCCGCAGUCACCCGACGGCCCAGGCGACCCAGGACUCAGCCGAUGGUGAAGGCGAGACGCAGGCUACCAAGGACAGCCAGGCCGCCACCAAGGACACCGAGAUCCCCCAGGAGUUGCUCCGCAAGUACAUCCUGUACGCACGCGAGCAUUGCUCUCCCAAGCUCCUCCACAUCGACGAGGACAAGGUGGCACGUCUGUUUGCCGACAUGCGUCGCGAAUCGUUGGCCACUGGCGCCUACCCCAUCACUGUCCGUCAUCUGGAAGCUAUCAUUCGCAUCGCCGAAGCCUUCUGUCGCAUGCGUCUCUCCGAGUACUGCUCGGCACAUGACAUUGACCGUGCCAUUGCCGUGACAGUCGAGAGCUUUGUCGGCAGCCAGAAGGUCAGCUGCAAGAAGGCGCUUGCGCGGGCAUUCGCCAAGUACACGCUGGCACGUCCUGGUGCCACGGCGCCGCGCAGGGGCGGUCUGCUGAGCAACCGCCGCACUGCUGCUGCUGCCUAG